CCAAAAGAUGCGUCUCCCAAAUUUUUAAGGAGCCUUGAGAUACUUUUUUAGCUCGCGGCGAAAAAUUUCGCGAACAAUACCGAUGUUACGUGCCAUGAGCAUAAUAGCGAUGCUGAUGCUACGACUGCUGGGCUUCGGGAUCGGGACGUGCGCCGCCAGGCUCGAGACGAAGGACCAGAUGCUCGCCUUUCUGCGCGCGCACCCCUCCCGCGCGUACUUCAGCCGACUGGUGCGCGACGGACCCUACGACGUUGCCAUGGAAGUGGGCGUGGCCGACGGCCGAUUCUCGGAACAUUUUCUGAUCGACGCCCAGCCCAAAACGUGGUACAUGGUCGAACCGUUCCCGAACAAAAUGCUUCAGGCCCGCUAUCCGCCGUCGGCGAGCGGGCGCCGCGCGCCGCGGCGCCAGCUCGAAGAGAUGCCCACGUCCUGGGCAUCGCGGGGCAUUGGCACCACGUCAACAUUACGCUUCUUCAAGGCGUUCUCGCUCGACAAGGCCGUCCUCGACGCCGUCGCCCCGGAGUCCGUUGACUUUGUCUACCUGGACGGUGCGCACGACUACGCGAACGUAGCCCGGGAGCUCGAGCCGUAUUAUCGAAUGUUGCGGCCGGGCGGCAUGCUCGCGGGCCACGACUAUUGCAAGUACGACGAAAGGCCGUUGGCGUGCCGGGGCUGCGCGGACGUGCCGGCGUGCGUGAAAUACACCGAGUACGGCGUUCGACACGGCAAGGGUGACCGGCGCGUGGCGAACCAGUGGGGCGUCGUGAGGGCCGUGCAGGAGUGGCUUGCGCGGCACCCCGAGCUCGAGGUCUACCACACGAUCGAGAAUUUCACGCGGACGUCGCUCGCGCAGGACGGCAUGGACUACGACCUCGUGAUCACGAAUACCUACAACCCGUCGUGGUACGUAUUCAAGCCGGGAACACCCGUGCAGUCCUCUUCAGCGAGUGGUUCGCCGCCGUGCGGCGCUGUCGUCGUGGACAAGAGCAAUUCCUUAUUGCCUCAACUGAGCGCAAAUCCCUCGUGUCCGUCCCGCUUUCAACACGUCCAGCGCUUGCCUAAUCACGCGGCCGAUCUCACAGUGGCCUAUCUCUAUUAUCGCGACACGGAGUAUUUGGAACGGCACGUGAAGCACUGGAUCACCCUGCCCAGGGACUUGCUCAAGCGGAUAUCCAUUUUAGUUGUUGACGAUGGCUCCCCGAUGGACCAUUCCGCGCGCGCCGUGCUUGAAAAAAUGCGAGCUUGCGACGUGCGCGCCGCCGUCGUCCGAGUGGGCGAGGACAUCAGGUGGAACAUCGGCGGCGCCCGGAACCUCGCAUUUGCCCUUGCGCCCACCGAACUCGUGCUUCUCGUGGACGCCGACCAGCUUGUCACGCAGUCGUUGCUCGAAUGGAGCCUGCGGCACUCGAAGUACGCUCUCGCUCGUUGCGACAUUUUUCUUGAUUUUCCGCGCAAGUUUCCGAAUGGCCGACAGCACCGAGUGCACCCAGCCACGAUGCUGACAUCCCGCUCGAGUUACUGGAGAGUGGGAGGCUGCGACGAGGACUUUGUCGGAAACUACGGGUUUACGGACGUACAUUUCGCUGCUCGACUCAGGCAGACGCCGGAUUGCCAGCGCAUAUCUUCGGAGAGACCAAUCAUGAAACACGUCGCGAAUUUCACGGACGCCAUGGCAUUGGAGCCCGCACCGCCGCUCAUCCACCUCGAGCGAGUCCACUCGAGUCACGACAUUGCAGCAAAUAAGGCUAUUCUUCGUCAGAAAUUUCAGGGUCAACUUCCAUGGUCCACGGAUUACCUCCGAUUCUCGUGGGAGUGGGUCUUUGGUGCCGAUGGACUGGCACAAUGCUAAUCACGAUGUGCCCAAAGGAAGUGUGCGAACAGCCCGCCAGACGUUUCAGUCCAGUGUCCAACAGGCCAAGCGAGGUAGCUGUCGCUGUUAAGUGGUGUACUACCACGAGGCCGAGCUAGUCUGAUUUGCCACGGUUCAGCAUUUCAUUGACCUCUCCGAGUCUGGGUCCAACUUGAAGUCCGAGCCCCCGACGUCCUCAAGGUUGCGCACUGAGAUGAUGAUAUAAGUCGAGUGCUUUUUUACACCACUUUUUUUAUUUUAGAGGCCAAUUAAGCCCUAAAUAUUCGCUGCUCAUAGGA